CUAAUUACAGCCGUUCAUAGAAUCUGACUUGUUAAAGUGGACCGUGAGCUAAAACUUCGCCGAAACGCAGCUUCUCUGGAGCUUCGAUAGAGCCAUGGACGCAUUGGCAAAGCUGGAGAGAGUCCAGACUCGACUCCUCAAACGCCUAUCGAACCUCGAAUCUUCUCUUCUCUCUCAACAUUUCUCUCAAAACCUCUCUCUAUCAACUUCCACCACAACCGAAGAUCGCCUUUCCGGCAUUCUUCGCGCUAACGGCGUCGUCGAUUUCAGCUUCAAACGCGUCCCCUCUGAUUACUAUGAUUUGCCGCUCGAAGCUCGUCGUGACAUUGUCAGUGCCUCAUCCAUUCAACAUCUCUGCAAAAGCAUUGUUCUGGUAAAUACUCAAGCCGCAUCCAAUAUUACUGAUUGUAGUGAUCGUAACAACUCAAAAUACUACGUCGUCGUUGUACAGUAUGCUGCUCGAUUUAAUGCUGAGGCUGUAAAGAAUUUUCUGUACAAUCUCAACGAUGGCAAGAUAGCCAAGAAAAAGUUCAACCUGAGACUGGCUACUGAGGAGACAUCAGUAAAGCUGACUGGUUAUGAACACAAUGCAGUCACAUGUAUUGGCAUGAGAACCAACAUACCGGUGAUUUUGGAUGAAGCAAUCACCAAGCUCAAUCCUGACUUCUUCUGGUUCGGAGGUGGCGAGAUUGAUCUUAAAAUGGGGAUCAGGACAUCAGAGUUCAUCAAUUUUUUGAAUCCAUUCAUUGUCAACUGUAGCAGUGGUUAAAGGUCUCCAUUCAGACAAAGUCAGACUCAAAGAGGGAAAAAGACGGGUACUGUCACAUGCAUUUUUCUCCUCGAGACCUACACAAUCCAUACACAGUGCUUCUCUUUGAUUUUUGCUCCAAAAUUGAUUUCCAGGUUCACAAAAUGAUUGUAGUCCGUCAAAUAGUUAGGUCCCAUUGCACCUGAAUUAUCAUCUCGACCAAAUGGAUCAAUGAUCGGUUUAAACGUCAUGAUAUAAGUUGUCCUGCGCUCAGGUUCUUACAAAUGGAAUUUAUUAGGUGCAUUUUAAAUUACUUUUCCCCUCCUUGUUUCGCAUAAUGCGAUCCGUAGUGACAGCAAAUGCUUCUCUCUUUAUUGAUGUUUGAAUUGUAAAUUAGAAUAAUUAUUUUACGACAUCUAAACCUUUGGUAAUUAGGAUUUAAGUAACAUAACUGUAAUUGCAAAGAACUUUUAGUCUA